GUGCUGAGUGUGAGAGCGAGGGGGGCGGGGGCCGGGGAGAGUGGGGCUGCCGGGUGAGUCGGCUCGUGAACAGAUAGACCUGCGGAAGGCACAGCCACGGCCGUCUAGCCUUGCUUAACCCCUGAUGCGCGGGGGGACGCAACCCCUGUCGCUGGGGGAUGCUGCGGGAUUCUUGGCGCGGGGCAUCCAGGCCACCCGCUAAAUCCCGGUGCCUAUCCUGUGCCCCCGGGGAACCCGAGUCCAGCCGCAGGGAGAGAGAAGCGGCCACCGAGACGCUGCAGGGUGCCGGGCGGGGAGGGGGCUGGAGUCCCCAGGCCCGAGGGCAUGGAGCGAUUAGGGGAGAAAGCCAGUCGCCUGCUAGAGAAGUUAAGACUCUCGGACUCCGGCAGCGCCAAGUUCGGCCGCAGAAAGGGUGAAUCUAGCCGGUCUGGGUCUGAUGGGACCCCCGGGCCGGGAAAGGGGCGUCAGAGUGGAUUAGGGGGACCUAGGAAAUCAGGGCCCCGUGGAGCUACUGGGGGACUUGGGGAUGAGCCGUUGGAGCCAGCCCGGGAGCAAGGCCCCCUGGAUGCUGAGCGGAACCCCCGCGGCUCCUUUGAGGCGCAGCGCUACGAAGCCUCCUUUCCCGGGGUGCCACCUCCCACCCGGGCCUUGCCUCUACCUCAGUCAUUGCCCCCUGACUUUCGGCUGGAGACCACGGCCCCAGCCCUAAGCCCCCGCUCCAGUUUUGCCAGUAGCUCAGCCAGCGACGCGAGCAAGCCGUCCAGCCCCCGGGGCAGUCUGCUGCUGGACGGGGCGGGGGCUGGUGGAGCCGGAGGUAGCCGACCCUGCAGCAAUCGUACCAGCGGCAUCAGCAUGGGCUAUGACCAGCGCCACGGCAGUCCUCUGCCUGCCGGGCCUUGCCUGUUUGGCCCACCCCUGGCUGGGGUUCCGGCAGGCUAUUCCUCCGGAGGGGUGCCGUCCGCCUACCCCGAGCUCCACGCUGCCCUGGACCGACUGUGCGCUCAUCGGCCGGCCGGGUUCGGCUGCCAGGAAAGCCGCCACUCAUAUCCCCCGGCCCUGGGCAGCCCGGGAGCUCUUGCCGGAGCUGGAGUAGGAGCGGCUGGGCCCUUGGAGAGACGAGGGGCGCAACCCGGACGACACUCGGUGACUGGCUACGGGGACUGCGCCGCUGGCGCCCGAUACCAGGAUGAGCUAACAGCGUUGCUGCGCCUGACAGGGGGCACAGGUGGGCGAGAAGCCGGCGCCCGCGGGGAACCCUCGGGAAUUGAGCCGUCGGGUCUUGAGGAGCCGCCGGGUGCGUUCGUUCAGGAGGCUGCCCGGACCCGGAUGCGGGAGCCGGAGUCCAGAGAAGACUACUUUGGCACCUGCAUCAAGUGCAACAAAGGCAUCUACGGGCAGAGCAACGCCUGCCAGGCCUUGGACAGCCUCUACCACACCCAGUGCUUUGUCUGCUGCUCCUGCGGGCGAACUUUGCGAUGCAAGGCUUUCUACAGUGUCAACGGCUCGGUGUACUGUGAGGAAGAUUAUCUGUUUUCAGGGUUUCAGGAGGCAGCUGAGAAAUGCUGUGUCUGUGGUCACUUGAUUUUGGAGAAGAUCCUCCAGGCAAUGGGAAAGUCCUACCACCCAGGCUGCUUCCGAUGCGUCGUUUGCAACAAGUGCCUGGACGGCAUCCCCUUCACUGUGGACUUCUCUAACCAGGUGUACUGUGUCACUGACUACCACAAAAAUUAUGCUCCUAAGUGUGCGGCCUGUGGCCAACCCAUCCUCCCCUCAGAGGGCUGUGAGGACAUUGUGAGGGUGAUAUCCAUGGACCGAGAUUACCACUUUGAGUGCUACCACUGUGAGGACUGCCGGAUGCAGCUGAGUGAUGAGGAAGGCUGCUGCUGCUUCCCUCUGGAUGGGCACUUGCUCUGCCACGGCUGUCACAUGCAGCGGCUCAAUGCCAGACAGCCCCCUGCCAACUACAUCUGAGUUGCAGUCACCGCUGCCGCCACCACGACCACUGCUGACAAAUUCCUCUGGCCAGUGGGCCCCUCUGAGGCCAGGUGGGGCAAUCAGUGCACUCUGCAGGCCUGGCAGAAGAGUCCUCCAGGGAGGGCCCCAAGGGCCAGCGACCCAAAGAUCAAGACAUUCCAAAUGGAUUGUGGAGGAGGAGCCCUCCAGUUGCUAGAGUGACUGGCCUUUUUUCCACGUGUGCAGCCUGUGCCGUAACAUAUAAUUCAGGCACACACACAGGCGGGUUCCAGUACCUUCUAAAGGAGUUCUCUUGUGGCACAGUGGAGUAAGGAUCCGGCAUCAUCACGGCAGCAGCUUAGGUUGCUGCUGU